AUGGCCUUGGAGGGCGGUGCUGGCAUUGGCAAUGGCAUAAGCAAGCGGCCGCAGCAAUACUCGGUCGCCGUGGAGACGGCCGAUCACCGCGCCGACGGGGAGACCGAGGAGGAGGACGAAGGAAAGCCAUGGAUCGCGAGGAAGUGGAUCUCGUCGCUUGCCGUUUGCCUCGUCGCGCUGCCGUUCCUGGUGAUCAUGGUUAGCCGGCGAGACAGGCCGUUGCCGCUGGCGUCCGGCUGGACAUCGGCGGCGACGGCGACGGCAAGGACGACGUACGACCGCCGAGAAUCCAAUCAGGAGGGGCUCCUUGGAGGCCUGCUCGUUCCGGGGUUCGACGAGCAAUCGUGCAUCAGCCGGUACCAGUCCACGUCCCACCAAAAGAAACUGGCGCGCUCGCCGUCCACGCACCUUGUGAAGCGGCUGCGGGAGCAGGAGGCGCUACAGAGGCGGUGCGGCCCGGGCACCGAGGCGUACCGGCGAGCGGCGGAGCGGCUGGUGCCCCGGCGAAACGGCACGGGCCGCACAACCCAUGCCGAGGAUGACGACGCUUGCAAGUACCUCGUGCUGGUGCCUUACAGGGGCCUAGGGAACCGGAUACUGGCCAUGGCGUCGGCGUUCCUCUACGCCAUGCUCACCGACCGCGUGCUGCUCGUCCACCGGGGGACGUCGCUGCCCGACCUCUUCUGCGAGCCGUUCCAGGCGACGUCGUGGCUGCUCCCACCGGACUUCCCGCUCAGGGACCUCGAGAACCUGACCGGCGAGGUGCCGGAGAGCUACCGGAACCUGGUGCGGGAGUACGGCCGGGCCGCGUCCAUGUCCGAGCUGCCGUACGUCUUCGUCGACCUCGACCACGCCUGCACGUACCACGACAAGCUCUUCUACUGCGACGACCACCGGGAGUUCCUCCACCGUGCGCCGUGGCUGGUGAUGAGGACGGACGGGUACUUCGUGCCGGCGCUCUUCCUGAACCCGGCCUACCAGGAGGAGCUCGACAAGCUGUUCCCGCGGAAAGACUCGGUGUUCUACCUCCUGGCGCGGUUCCUCUUCCACCCGACGAACAAGGUGUGGGGGCUGAUCACGAGGUUCUACGACUCGUACCUGAAAAAUUCGGACGAACGGCUGGGCAUCCAGGUCAGGGUGUUCGACGGCGACACGCCGUUCAAGCACGUCCUGGAUCAGAUCCUCGCGUGCACGUCGCAGGAGCGUCUGCUGCCCGAGGUGGUGCCGCGGGACCCGGGGCCGCCGGUCUCGACGGCCGGCGGCGCGCGAUCGAAGGCCGGGUACGUCGGCCACGGCCUCGGCGGGCUCACCCCGUGGAUCAUGUUCAAGCCGGAGAACCUCACCACGCCCGAUCCGCCGUGUCGGCGGGCGGCGUCCAUGGAGCCGUGCCUGCACGGGCCUCCCUUCUACGACUGCAGGGCCAGGCGCGGCGCCGAUACCGGAAAGAUUGUGCCGCAUGUCCGGCACUGCGAAGACAUGAGCUGGGGGCUGAAACUUGUUGACCCGGAGAACUGAACGGGCGAUGUAAAAUGAACACACUCGAUCACAAAUUGACAAUGAAGUUC